AAGGUUACUUUUUAUUCAAAAAGGUUACUUUUUUUUAUAUUUCUGGUAAUUUCUGACUAGACCCGACUGGCAACACUGUUCAAUUCAGUCAAAUUUGAAAUUCUCAACAAACGCUUUUUGUUGUGCGUAAAGUAAAUUGUGCUUAAAAAUCGCAAUUAAAUUAAAAUUUGGGCUUAACUAACAGCAAUAAGAUGUGUGAUCACAAAUUAAGUAGCGAUGAAGUGCCUGCAAAGUUUGCGGAGUGGCUCUUAUCAAUGGGAUGUCCUCCUGAGAAAGUUCCCACUGUUGACAAAGUUGUAGAGAUGUGUCGCGGUCAGUACUACAUGGUAUGGCGCAGUUUGAUGGAGCACGUUGAGUCGAAAGACACAAUCCGACAGAAGAGGCUCCGAGUAUUCUGCGACGACAUCUACAAGUACAAGAGAAAGAAUGCCUUCAAUAAGGUUUGCUCACCAUUUCAGAAAAAGCCGGAAUCAAAAGCAGUGAUGCCUGAAGAGCUGACGCUUUGGUAUCAACACAAUGAGAUUAAGGAAAAAGUAGCGGAUGCAGAGGAAAGAGUGGCUAAGGCUCGGGAGACCCUCAACCAACUGACAGAUAAAAUAACCAAUAAGUUGUCGCACCGCAACUUGUCCCAAACGCGCGUGCAGCAGCUGCAACGCCGCGCGUGGCUGCUGCAACAAGUUGCCGAUGACUUGAAGACCAAAAAGGAGAACCUUGAGGAGACCAAAGCCAUCGCCAACUCGCUGUGCACUAUUGAUGAAGAUGUUGAUGUGCAAAGCAAGCUGGACAAGUACAUAUCGUGUAAUCGUCGCGGGGGUGCUCCCCCCGCGGCGGUUCUCGCGAACCCCGUCGCCAGCUCCUCGCUCGUGUCCGUCGCCGGCGACGCCAACGACUCGGAGGAGCAGCUAUCGUGGCUCCCCAAAUGCCGCGGCGACGCGCUGUGGACGCGACUUGCCGAGCGGCGCGCGGGGCUCGCGGGAGAAUUAGCUAAAGACACCGUUGACAAAACUGUUACUACGGCGAGUCCGCAGGCCGUGCUAUUGCACACUGCAGCGCUACACUGCAUGUUAGCGCUUGAAGCGCUGAAGAACCGCGCGCACAUAAAACAAACGCGCAAGCGACUGGCCACCGCUGUCUCUGAACUUAACAACUACCUCUCCGGCGAAGCAUGUGAGCUCCUAGUGCUUCGAUGUGAGAAAGCGCGCAGCACUGCACGGGUUAACACGCUGCGCACGCUACUGGAUGACGUCACAGCGCGCAGCGGCGUGUUUAACGCGGGGGAAGAUGACGUCAUAGAGGAUAGACGCGCCACGGGCCGACAGAUCGCUGCCAUAGAUAAGGCUAUUUACUGCUAUUACGCGCUUGAUGACGUCAUAGCGCGCAGCGGCGUGUUUAACGCGGGAGGCGAUGACGUCAUAGAGGAUAGACGCGCCACGGGUCGACAGAUCGCUGCCAUAGACAAGGCUAUUUGCUGCUAUUACGCGCUUGAUGACGUCACAGCGCGCAGCGGCGUGUUUAACGCGGGGGGCGAUGACGUCAUAGAGGAUAGACGCGCUACUGGCCGACAGAUCGCUGCCAUAGACAAGGCUAUUGUAAGUAGUCAAGCUUAG